CUGAGGAGGGAGGAAGUUUGAAAACUCUUCAUAAAGUAUAAAAUUAUAGAUUUUUACCAACAACAAUUUCGUAAUCAAUAUUUUCUUGUAGAUUUUAAAAUUGAAUGUUUCAAUAUCUAUUUGAAAUCUUCCAUUUACGUAAUUUACCAUUAGGCUAUUUUAUUAUGUCUUAAGUGUAAAGUGAAGUGAUCUUGUUUGGUAGACUAGACUAGGCUAAAGCUUGUAAUCAAGUAUGUGUGGUAGAAUAUCUUGUCACAUGUGUCGGCCAGAUUAUAGAAAAGCGACAAGCUACUUUGAUGACAAACGUAGUCGCUAUGUGCAGCCGGACUGGAUCGACACUUCCAACUGUGGACUAAGUUUUACACCUUCAACCAAUAUGGCCCCAACUGAAAUAUUACCUGUCAUCAUUUCCAACAAAAAUGAACCAGUAAAGGAAGACUCUACUGAGCGAGUGAUAAAGCCCAUGAUGUGGGGAAUGAUUCCUUCAUGGCAUAAGGGUGAUUAUAAAUCUCAUGGACUGACAACUAAUAACUGCCGAAUUGAAAAUUUGCCUGAAUCAAAACUCUACAGCAAAGCGUUGAGAAAUGGACAAAGAUGUGUUAUUGGUGUUCAAGGGUUUUACGAGUGGCAAACUACCAAAGGGAAAGGGCAAGCCAAACAGCCUUAUUUUAUUAAGGCAACUCAAUCAUCUAAUGUUGGACCAGUGGAAGAAUCAAGCUCUUGGGAAAAUGCUGCUUGGGACGAAACCUCAGGCUGGGCUGGACCAAAAUUGUUGAUGAUGGCUGGGCUUUUUGACACAUGGUCAUCUCCCCAGGGAGAUGAGAUGUUUAGUUUUACUAUUAUUACUAUGGAAUCAAACAAAUUGUUUUCUUGGCUUCACCAUCGCAUUCCUGCUAUCCUAGACAGCGAAGAACUAAUAAGUAAAUGGUUAGACUCAACUGGAGUGCCAGGGAUGGCAGCUGUCCGACUGUUGCAGCCAUCUUCUAUUCUGUCAUGGCACCCUGUCUCCACUGUCGUAAACAACGCUCGCAAUAAAGACCUCAACUGUAACAAGCCUAUUGACCUUCAAAAACCAAAACCAACCAAUAGGAUAAUGGAUUCGUGGUUGAAACGAAAGGCUCCAUCAGAUGAUAGCAAACCAGCCAAGAAAUCUAAAGAUGAUUAAUUAUGUACUUUCAUUCACUACACAUCACUUACCAGUUUUUGGGCUCAAGGACUACUUUUAAGAUAUGAUUAUGAAUUAAGUUCCUUUACCUUAGGUGUUAGUAAUAAGAAAUUUUUAUUAAAGGAAU